AAAUGCCUUUAGAUGAGAUUGUGAGUGCAAAUGGUUGUUUGUCUCUAUGUGCCCUGUGCUUGUCUGGGAACCAGCUCAGGGUGACCCCGCUUCCAGCCCAUAGAUAGCUGGGAUGGACUCCAGUACUCCCGUGACCCUUGUGAGGAUAAGUGGCUCAGAAAAUGGAUGGACGCUAACGUUCAAAUUUUGCAUGCUGUGUCAGUGGAUUACAAUCAAUGUUAAGAAUACAACGUGUGACUUGGGCCUGCAGGAAUUUGAAAAAGCACAUUUUGCACAUGGUGAUCACAUCAAAGCAGCACCCACCCGCAGAGCCUGUCGUUGUUCGGGUGUCACCCAGCAAGCACCCCCGUCCGUCACCCUUCGUCACCCUGCCACCCUCCCCGCUGGGUGGGAAUGCAGAGGCAGUGACGUCACCGGCCUGCCUCUCACUCCCUUCCUGGCCGCAGCUUGCUGCAUCACAACAGCCGUCGCUAGCUCCAGUGGUGACCCGGGGGGGCCGGCUAAGUCUCGUCGCCGAGUCCGUGACACGCAAGAAACUUCCGCCAGUGGGUCCCCAGCCCCAAUCGCCCCCGCUCCAGCACCAGCUCGUUGGGUCAUGGCCAGGCCGGAACAGGUUCUGCUCUUGGAGCCUCAGCACGAACUGAAAUUCAGAGGUCCGUUCUCCGACGUGGUCACCACCAAUCUCAAGCUCGCCAACCCUACAGACCGGAAUGUGUGUUUCAAGGUGAAGACAACCGCGCCACGCCGGUACUGUGUUCGGCCAAAUAGUGGAAUCAUCGACGCGGGCACCUCCAUCAAUGUCUCGGUCAUGCUGCAGCCUUUUGAUUACGACCCCAACGAGAAGAGCAAACACAAGUUCAUGGUUCAGUCCAUGCUAGCGCCCCCAGACAUGACAGACAUGGAAGGAGUGUGGAAGGAGGCGAAGCCAGAGGAACUGAUGGAUUCCAAGCUGAGAUGUGUUUUCGAGAUGCCAGCGGAGAACGAAAAGACUCACGACAUGGAUUCCAACAAGAUGAUGUCGUCCAGCUUGCUGAAGUCCGAGUCCUCCUCGCUGCCGCCUAAGUCGAUGAGCUCCACCCUGGAUGACGGCGAGGUGAAGAAAAUAAUGGAGGAGUGCAAGAGGCUCCAGAUGGAGGCUCAGAGGCUACGGGAAGAGAACAAACAGAUUAGGGAGGACGACGGUUUGCGAAUGAGGAAGAGCAACGUGAUGUCUUCCCAGCACUCUUCGGCCAGCCUGAAGAAGGACGAAGGCCUGAGUGCCCGCUCAGCUGCUCUCAUCAUCCUCUUCUUUUUGCUGGGUGUCAUCGUGGGCAAGUUGGUCUUGUAGAGCGCGGCAUAGUCUGGUUUGGGGCAGGCCGCGCCGCAGCCUGAUUUUUUUUUUUUUUUUUUUUUUUUUUUUUUUCUCCCCUCGAGGGAUUGCAGGAUUUAGGAUCAGAGAUGACAUAUGUGAUGUGAAAAGGGUUGUGUUGUUGGGAGGAAGGUGUUUGAAUUGGGUGUGAUUUAUAGUAAAAAAAAAAAUGAAAAUAAAAGGUAAUAUUAGGGGGAAGAAAGAAAAAACAAAAAGAUGAAAAUAAUUCACCGUCUUCUGAACAACCUGUUGCAAGUCUUGCCUGGUCAUCACAUCACAUUUAAGCCAUUCUUGUCCCUUCUCACCAAAUUCUAUGAAGGGCACAGCAGAAAAUUUAUCAGCCGCAUUGGUGUUUUUGCUCAAUGACAAGAGUUAACCCCUCCAUCACCUCCACAAUAUACUGUACUCCAAGGGAUCCUCCCACCUUAAACCCCCUAAAGGGAGAGAUUCCGGAGAUAGUCAUCCAGACAGGUUAGACUCCUUAAAAUCCACUUUGAUUGACAAACAACCUCAAUCAGUGUGCAGAAAAAUCGUACAUCCCCUUUAGUUUCACCUUAUUCCCAUCAUUACAGUCCAUCUCCACGUGGAGGUGAUCUUGUUUGCAUGUGUUCACAGCCAGGUGUUGCAUCUGGACUUUUUGGAAUCUAAUUUAAUUGCUUUUAUAACGGUGUUAAUUGUCAUUAUUUGGCUGUAGGUUUGCACAGUUCUUAUCUGAUCUUUUUAUUUCCUCUCAUUUGUUACAUUUUUAUGAUUUAUUAUUUUGUUUUUCCAGUUAUAUUUUAAAAGUGCAUUUAAGAUGUAAUGCCGCCGCCUGGAAAAAAAAAAAAAAAAACAGCUCCGGUUUUUGUCAGGUUUUCCAUGGCGUCUGUUUAUGUUCACCAGGCCAACACUUUGCCUUGUGACCUGUAUGGGUGAGUUUGUUUUUCCUCGGGCCGAUAGUCACUACAGUACACGUAUAUGUAUCCACAUAACACACACACCUGGAAAUAUACACACACACACGUAAAAGGUGCAUGCAGAAACCAUGUUUAUUUUGUUUUUGUGGCAACAUUGACAACAAGAUGUGUGCCGCUUUUCCUCAUCUUUUCCUACUUCCUACUUCCAUACAUUUGUUCCCCCCUCCCCCUCGGCAAAUGUAAGUAAGCAAAUGGUGUCAUGUUGUAAGAUGCCUUGGCCUGAUUUCCAAUUUUCUUUUCUUUUUUUUUUUCUUGUAUCUUCACUGUAUCGCCACGUGUUCCGUUGUGGUCAUUUGUUCAAGCAUCUGUUUUGCUUGCCCACGUUAUAAUCCUAAAGGCAUUUGAAGUUGUUUCAUUCACUAAGGUGAAGCUUGUGAUAUUCUUGUAUCGCUAUAUAUUCAUACAUCUACAUAUAUAGCUAAAGUCUUGGGGGACCACACCAUGACAAUGUACUGUUCUGGAGCCAGUGAUUAUUUUUGAUUUAGAAAUAAAAUUGAUUAAUCACAUUCAAAAUUGUUUCAUCUCACAAAUUUGCUUAUAAUGAAUGACAAAAAAUAAAAAUAAAAAAAAACACUAAUUUUCCUCCUGAUAUAAAAGAUGUGCGUUCUUAUUACAGUACAUUUGUGCUAUGUGGUUAGUUUGAGGAAGACUUGCUGAGUGGAGGGCAGAUCAGACCUAAGAUCAGCUCAAGUGCUGGAUGUGCGUCGUAUAAUAAGUACUUACAAAACAAAAAUGUAUUUUUCGCUGAAGUGUGGGAACAUCUUAUACAAGAAAAAUACUGCAAUUUUACCGGAAUGUAAGUAAAAAAAAAUAAAUAAAUAACAUCACUAUGCUGCAAUGAUGCACCACCAAUUUGCAAAUAGAUUGAACCACACAGUGACAAUUCUACAUGUAAAUACUUGAUGCAGGCAAGACACUACAGUGACCAUCACCUGAAGCAGUUGAGCAACUGUUUUGUAUGUAUGUAAACAAAUAUGUCUAUCUGAAAAAAAACGUAAAUAUUCCUAGUCAAGUAGUCUCUCUGGUGUAUAAAAGCAAAAUCCCACCUGGUUGGACUAUGUAGCAUCUUAAUAAAUUAAAGGAAUUCAA